UCAGCAAGUCAUCAGUCCGUCAUCAUCGGUUGCGUUCGUCGCAUCUAUUUACUUUUCGUUCGCUUUAUCGCGGUUGCCUCGUCGGUGGUGGCGAAAGAUUCUAGUGGGAAUUUUCGAAGCUAAAUCAAUGUUCAAACAUCCUAGUUUAGUUUCUAUCUAAACUAGUUGAAGUCAGUGAUAGUAGUAGCAAAUAGUUUUCAACAUUGUUGGUGUAGCUUCGCCCAAAGUGAGCCCAAAUUAGUUAGAUUUCGUCCACAUACUAUUCAGCGCUCGGUUCCAAAGGACCCCGAACCAAUCAGCAGAAUGGCCAAGUUCGACAUGGACGAGUUCAACGAAAUCCUGGAAAAGUGUCGGGAUCAAUCGCUACAGAAGGAACAGGACGCGAUACUGCUGGAACCGUUCGCCUACAUUCAGCAAAUUCCGGGCAAGCAGUUCCGGGCCAAGAUGGCACUGGCCUUCAAUCACUGGUUGAACAUUCCGGAGGAGAAGCUGGCGGCCAUCGGCGAGGUGGUUCAGAUGAUGCACAAUUCCAGCUUGCUAAUCGAUGAUAUCGAAGAUAACUCUAUCCUCCGUAGAGGAAUUCCGGUAGCACACAAGAUCUACGGCAUUGCGAGUACGAUAAACGCUGGCAACUACGUCCUAGUGCUGGCACUCGCCAAGGUCCACAGUCUGGGGCACCCGGAGGCCCAACAAGUGGUGACGGAGCAGCUGCUGGAGCUGCACCGCGGCCAGGGCAUGGAGAUCUACUGGAGGGAUAAUUUCAUCUGUCCGACCGAGGCGGAGUACAAGCAGAUGGUGAUCCGGAAGACGGGCGGCCUGUUCAUGUUGGCCAUCCGGCUGAUGCAGCUGUUCAGCGACGACAAGAAAGACUUUACCAAACUGACGGCCAUCCUGGGGCUGUCGUUCCAGAUCCGGGACGACUACUGCAACCUGACGUCGAAGGACUAUUCGGAUAACAAGAGCUACUGUGAGGACUUGACCGAGGGCAAGUUUAGCUUUCCGGUGAUACACGCGGUGCUGAACCAGAAGGAUCGGCAGGUGUUACAUAUUCUAAGGCAACGGACGCAGGACGUCGAAGUGAAACGAUACUGUGUGUCGCUGCUGGAGAAACUCGGUAGUUUUAAGUAUACCGCCGAAGUAUUGGAAAUGCUGGACACCGAAGCGAGGGCGGAGAUUGAACGACUAGGCGAAAAUCCGAUUAUGCAAUCGCUUCUGGAUGAUCUGCUCAGUUGGAAAACGGUUGGAACCGAUGAUUCGUCGUCAUAAGCGCUCCACAGUUGUAGGUACCCAUUUCGAUCCAUAAUCAGGUAAACGUGUAAGACAACAACCAUUUCCACCACGAAGACGAUCUACAAAUAUUCUAGAACCGAAAGCAAUCUAUGAACUAUAUUUGUUAAAGUUUUUUUUCCGCUACAAUAUUGAGCACAAGCAUCACCUUUACAAUUGUGGGGGCGGUUUAUUUUUCGACAAUUCGUUUGUUUUUCUGGGGUUUAUAACACUUUUCUUUAUCCAACAUUUUAAUACGAAUGAACUUUAACGAGUUUUAAACAUAACUUCCAUCACAAUAUUUCAAGUUGUUUAUACAAAUUGUAUGAUGUUUCCUUCAUAUUCAUUUUUUUUCUUUUUGUUUGUCUUAAAUCCAGAAAGACACACGAACCGUAGAUUUUAUCAAAUUUCAAAGAAUAGGUCGUCCUCUACUAAACAUACACACGGCUUAGGAACGAAAGUGCACUGCAAUGAUUGCUAUUAAACCCACUGGAAUGUAAAGAAUCUUACAAAAAAACGCGAAUCGCGUCUAACGUCUAGCAUUUAGGAACGAAAGCAUGCUGCUGGAGUCGUCAGAAGACUCGAUAUUAUGAGGAAACUUAUAUUAGUGCCCAAAACUUUUUUCCACCAAAGGACCUAGAACACGUACGUGGAAUGGACGGAGAAAUAAGUAUAAAAAGACAUUUUGUGAGAAUUUCGGAGGAAUGAUUUCACACUAGCUGUAACUUUGUGUUCUGAUUCAGGAGAAUCGUGGGCCGCUUUAUCAAACGAAUGAAUGCGUACUUUGUGCGAAUGGUGUAGCUUUGUCCCCAUCCCUUUGAUAGAGGUAUAUGAUACCGGGAUGGGGAGAAGCUUGGCAAGUCAAUCUAUUCCUCUUUAGUUUCAUUUUUAAAUUAUGUAAUUUGUAACUAUACAUAUACUGUCAAGACAGUCAUUUGUUGGAUUUUCGAAA